UUUGAUUUUACCACCCACUAACGGAUUUUUGGGACCACUAUGGACAUGUAUCAAUUAAGUAUUGGUUUAAAAAAGAGAUAAUUAAAAAAAACAACCCUAACCAGCCACUAGCCACCACCGACACCCCUUGUCCCACCAAAACCAACGAGAUCAGCCCAAUCACCACCCUCAUAAACGACAACAACCACCCUAGUCCUUUCAAUCGCCGCGAAUACGAAAUCCACCGCCCAGAAAUCGAACGCCAAUCUAAAAGUCGAACGCCCAGAAAUCAAUUUGGUUUCUGGGUACAUACGGGUUUGGGUUUAGGUGAGGGUGAGAGGAGUAGGGCGGUUUGUGGGUUUAGGUAUGGGUGCGGGUUAGGGUUUCGGCGACGUUUCUGGCUAAGUUCGGCGACGGUGGUGGUGAUGCUGUUGUAGUAGGUGGUGGCGGCGUGAUGUUGCUGUGCUUCGGCGGCAGUGGUGAUAAGGGCGAUGGAGUUAUCGAGGGAUAGGGCUGGUGGGGCGAUGGAGUUUACCGGCGGCUUGGUUAGGCUUGCGGCAGUGGGGCUGGCCGGCGGUAGUGUGAAGGGAAGCCGACAGUGGUGUUGGUGGCUGGGUUAGAAUUUAGGGUUUUUUUAAAUUUUAAUUUUUUUUAAACCAAUAAACAAUUGACACGUGUACAUGGUGGACCUUAGUAAACGGAUUCCAUCCAAGGAUCCGUUAAGUGGUGGUGAAAUCCAAUUUUUGGGUUUUUUUUUUUUUUUUGUGGUGUUGUAAUAAAAGUUUUUUUUUUUUUUUUUUGUCAAAAUCGUGACAAUUUUAUGGUAUUAAUUUCUAAAAAAACCCUUAAUUUAAUGCACACCAAUAAUUUACACCUCACAUAAUAAUUCCACGUGUUAUAUGAAGAUUUUGUGACACACUAAAAAAACAAAAAUAAGUCGAUAUUACGUGAACUUUUUAGACGCUGCAAAAAUCGACCCACGGCUCCUUCAUUGGCGUACUUUCAUUUGCCUUUUCUCUCUCUUUCCUCCCCAAAAUAUCACCCAAAAAAAUUAAAUUGCGGGUGAAUUUUGGGGUGUGAUAGACUGUUUGUUACUGCUAUCAAUCCACUCAACUCUUCUUGUUCAUCUUCCUCCGACUUCAUCUCUCCUCCGAAUCCUCUGAAUUCCCACUUUUAUUUGGAGUUUUCAGAUUAAUUAUCUAAAUCAGGCGUGUUAACAAAUAGGCAAGUAGACCAUGGCUACUGAUACAACAGACCCUAAUUAUUGGUUAAACUGGAGGUUUCUUAUUUGUGCUUUAUAUAUCUUGGGCAUCACGGUGUUUAGUACUUUUCUUAUAUGGAAAUAUGAAGGCAAAAAGAAAUUAGACAAUGAGAGGAGAGAACGCGGAAUUAUACCAGUCGGAGUUCUAUACAAGGAUGAAGUUUGGAAAACAUGUCUGAAAAGCAUUCAUCCUGCCUUUCUGCUUGCUUUUAGAUUAUUUGCUUUUGUUUUGCUGUUGGCAGUGAUCGUUAGCAACACUAUUGCUAAAGGACCUGGAAUCUUUUUCUACUAUACUCAGUGGACCUUUACGCUGACCACCAUAUACUUUGGGUUUGCAUCUGCAUUCUCUCUUUAUGGAUGCUGGCGUGAUUGUGGUGAAGAUUGUCACUCCAAGGCUGCUUCCCAGAAUAUUGAUGCAGAGCCAGGAUCUAAUGUUGCCCCAAAGCUCGAAGGUUGUACGGGUUAUCUUCUCCAAAUCAUGUACCAGGUAGCUGCAGGUGCUGUGCUGCUCACCGAUGUUGUAUUUUGGCUCUUAAUUUACCCAUUUCUAACAGGCAAAGAUUAUAGACUUGCUUUUUUUGAUGUUAGCUUACAUUCUAUCAACUUUCUCAUCCUUGGGGACUCAAUUUUGAAUUGCAUGAAGUUCCCUAUGUUCCGUAUUGCCUAUUUUAUCUUGUGGACCGGAGUGUUUGUUGUCGUUCAAUGGAUAAUCCAUGCUUGUGUUUCCCUCAAGUGGCCUUAUCCAUUCAUGGACUUGUCACCUCCAUAUGCUCCGAUAUGGUACGCCACAGUGGGUUUGUUGCACAUCCCAUGCUUUGGAGCCUUUGCUCUGAUAGUCAAAUUAAAGCACCUAUGGCUUUCAAGAUCAUUUUCAGAGUCCUAUCAGGGUAUAAGGUGAUAAGAAUUCGCUCUGUCAAUUUCGUGCAAGAAAAUACAUCACCUUGUAAAGACUGAUCACACAGUUUUCCUCCAACCGGCCUGUGUGCUUGAGAUGGAUAGUCUCGAAAUUUGAUUUCUCCAUCCUUUUCAUUUUUUUCAUUAUUGAUAGUAUCAUUGAUUCAUAUUUACUCUCCCUGUAAAGCUGAUUUUUAUCCCCCCAAAAAAAAACUGGCUGUAAGUAUCAGUUAUUAAUUUUAUUGAAGUAUCAAGACUAAUUGCAGCAAGUAGUUUUUACUUGGUAUAGCAAGAGACUGUGACUUGUAUUUCAUAUUUUCGAGCACCUCAGAAGUGCCAUCUUUGUAUAGCCACAUGACCUUUCUCGGGGCAUUUGAUUAGUCUAUAAUCGGUAUUGUGUUUUCAAGUGUCCAGAAAUUGACUACCAGCAGCUGGUUGUUGAAGAAGUCUGCAAGUCUAA